AUGAAGGUGUGAGACAAGCGGCAGAUUUCACGCGCAUACGUGGAAGAAGUCGGGUUCGUGCUACGCGAGUGCAGCCUCUGCAUCUCUCAACGCCCUGAGCCUCUUGUGGACAACAGUGGGGACCCCCAGCCUGGUUUUCACAGUGCCAGCACAGUUCUUGACGAUCCCGCUGAAGGCGCCGUCCGUACCGGAAUCCGCCGUGGGCGAGUGUUUCGAAGACCUGUACAUAGAAACAGAGCGAUCCUGGAUGGCUCGUCGCCAAAUGAAUUCAGAGGUCCUCAUGGCGGCUUUAUUCGUAGAAGACCUCCUCAUGUUGUCCAAGAUCCGGUAGACUUGAACCCGAUUCAAGAACCAAGCUCGGCUUUUCAUUUUGGUGAUGAGCCAGCAAGCCUACAGUCCAGGUAAUCUUCUCGAAACCCCUCUGCCUGCUCUUUCCUCUCAUAUUCUUCCCUCUCCUUCUUUGGACAAUUUCCUGUCAUCUUCCUUUGUGGGUGGUGGAUACUCCUUCUCGGCACCGGAGGUUGUGGCUACUCUUACUGACCCUUUGGAAUCUUCACCUAAUCACGAAAUCACGGCGGAUGCGGUUACUCUUUCGGGACUGGAAACCUCUGCACUCCCCCAAGGCAGAGUGAGAAGGAUCAAGGUUCUCAGACCUGCCCCUCAUGGUGAAGGAUCCCUUGGUGACGGUUCAAAGAAGGUUCGUCGCGUUACGGUAACUCGGACGUUCUCCCUGGCAGGUGCACCGACCAGAUUUGAGGACUACCGGCCCCAGGUGGACACUCCUUUCAACCAAGACGAUGGGGGAUUUUAACCACUUUGGCCCCCACCAAAAUGUAGUACCAGUCGUCCCACAGCCCCAGCAUCAGCAACCUCAAGAUGUGCUGAGAGUUCCUGCUGAGGUAACGCAGCAGGCUGGAUUAGGGCAUGGCAUCCCUUACGAUCACUUCUCUACGGGUGUCAAUCAGCAAUCAUUCCCAGGUUUCAGUCCCAACGUCCCCUAUCAGUACUCGCCCCCCGUGCCGCAGCAGUUUGCCCAAGCUGACCCGUAUUCACCACGAGUGCCGGAACAACAAGACCGUUUUGCACAACUCCAGCCAGUGCAGAAUUUUGUUCCUACAGACGAACAAGCUCCCCUUUCACCUCCUGCUCACGAAUUCAACAAUGUAGCGCCAGGAGUCCCCACUUCCUCCUCCUCCACCACCACCGCCGGCGCCUGAGUCGCCGAUUCGAAACUCACGCCGAACAGUCUUCAGGAGGAUUCGGCCAACCAAUUCAAACCACCAUGGAGAGAGGAAGACGUCUCUCGUGCGUAAAACACGGCCUAUUGUUUCUACACCCGCUGUUCAGCUUAGCUCUAUUAAUGUAGAACCAACGCACGUUUUUGUGUCGGCCGACUCAAUAGAUUACAACAGAAUUCUGGGCUCAUCACAACAGUCGCUCGAAUAUUUCGGGCCCGCCUCUCAAGAGUAUUUUGCCCCUGUGUCGCAAGAACUAUUUGCCCCCGUGUCGCAGCAGUAUUUUGCUCCAGCAUCAGAUCAGUUCUUUCCUCCUGUUUCAAGAUUCCCUGAAGCACCGCCCGCUUUGCCUCCCGUCUCGACCGAACCGACGUUCGACUCUCAUUCGGCGGUGUCAAUUUCACAGAAUAACGAAAAUUCUGCGGAUCUGGUGGAAGAAACAACACCUGCUUCACAUCAAUUCAGACGAAUAAUUCGCGUAAAGAAACCUGGUGAAGGAAAAGGCGGGCAAAGGCGAAAGGUUGUUUUGAACAGGAGGCCAUCAAUAAACAGCCUACAGGCGCGUGGUCCAAUAAACAACGCAAAUAACCCGAACGAGCUUCUGAACCAAAAUGUUGUUGCACCUCCUCUCGUUUCGAGUCAUGUGUUCGCACCAGCGCAAGAAAGUGUCAGCCCCAGCAUGUCGCUAGAGAUCGGAGCUACUGUGCCGCUUACAUAUUACACUACCUUCACGUAUUUGACAACGUUCCUUCACGGAACAGACACCGUUUACAACAGCCGGGAAGCUGUUCUUUCUUCAGUCGCGACAGAGACACUGAACUCUGAUAUAGUGAACGUAAUUCAGAACCAUGGUGGGUUCACGACGGCACCUGAUGGUGUUUCCACUGUUAACCUAGGAUCAAGAACAAAAGGAGCGGCCACAACAAUUGUUAACCUGGAGUCUCGUCUACAGAUCUUCAACAGCGAUAUCUAUAAGGAGAUACACCCGACGCCAACAGUACAGGACAGAGGCUACAUUCAAGACAGAAUCCCCGGUUCUUGGAAGCAUACAGGAGCCACAAUCCCCUCAUCAUAAUGCACCUCCAGGAGACGAGACAAGUAUUGUGCAAUUAACUGAUCUUUUCACUGCACCGAGGACUAUCUACACUCUUUACACGUAUUAUUACACGCUUUUUGACGGCACUGAAACGAAGAAUUCUGUAAGAUCAGAGAUAUCAUCGAGUGUUGCUUUAGAUAACAGUCCUUUCAGGCCCCCAAUAACGCAGACAAAGAUCAGGAAUGGCCUCUUGCCACUUGGUCUUGACGUAACGACUGUCCACCUUGGCUCGCGAAACUUGGAGGGAACGAGAACUGAGGUAAAUUUGGGUAUGCGAACUGUCAUUAAAUUUGACAAAAUUCUCGACGCUGAUAUAGAGCAACUUCACGAGAAUGUUGCUCCGACUGCAUCAUAUUUCCCGAGCUUUGCGACAGACGCUGUGGACAACAAGAUCGACUUCAUAUCUAACCAAGAAAGGUCGUCUCUCCUCGCUGAUGCUCUGCAGCCAUCUUAUGCCAUUGCCAGUGCUGACAUUCAACCACCAAGCAACAUUCAUGCGACACCUGUAAUUCUGUUUCCGGUGGAUGAAUCAACGAAUGCACUAAGAGCCAAGGUGAGAAUUGUCACUACACGUGUGAAGCCAGUGGGUGGCUUAAAGUCUGGUGUGUUUCAAGCUGCUCCUGGUGUAAGGGUUCGCAUUAAGCCUGUAGUGAAACACGUAGAUGAUUCGAAAACUUCCAUUGCCCCACCAGAAUUAUCGUCAAGUCAUGUGUACGAACCUUUGAGUUCUUUCUUCAUUACUUCGCCAAACCCGAGUUCUUAUGUGACAGGUGAUGAGCCUUUACUGUCAUCGGCGAUCUUCCCCUUAACGACGCCGGAAGACCAAGAGGUGCACAGGGGCAAAAAGAGGCUUAAAGUUACGCUUCGAAGACCCGUUCCGGGAGAUAAGUUGGCGAGAACAAAUUCUUUGAACACAAGAUUUGUAAGACCAUCUCGCUUCGAAAUUACCACGAAGCCUCGGUUUUACGUUGUGACCAGAACGAAUGCCGCUGGUGUGGCCAGGCCCACGAAGAACCCAUUCACUGUGAAAGUGAGUAAGAGGCUCAAGCCUACGGACCUGAUUCGAGCGACUCCUUCUGUCAUAUAUGAAACCUUUAUGACGACGACAUCAGUUCCCGUCAUAUUCGGAUUGCAGACAAGCUACAGAGAAGUAGUCAUCACUGCAUCGACACCAGUAACCCUUACCGCAUCACCGACGUAUGGCGUGGACGACCAUGAUUUGAUUGAACCUUCCCAGACUGUGAUGUUGACGUACUUCACCACAACUACGUUCACGGUCCCGUACACUUUGGGGGAUCAGACUCUGUACACGACUGUCCUGGAGACGAAUUCAAGGAUCGUCACCGAGACCGUAGCUGCAAGUCGUGUGGAUCCCCUGCACGCAUCGCAUUACCCAGAAAUUAUCGGAGACCAGAAUGCCCAACUCAUUGGCAGAGGUGCUGCGCCGAAACACGAAUCAUCGUUGAACCUUUUGGCGUCUCACUACCAACAAAGGCCUGGAUUAUCAACGCGAGUCUCUGAUGGUGUUACCCUUAUUGUUGCCAGUGGAGGUGAUGGUGAAGCGACUACGCACCUGUUCCCCCACCAGCCCACGCCUUACACACUGCAGCCAACGUUGCUGCUGGAUGCAGUCUUGAUGAAGGAGAACUUUGAUGGCCAGAAUGUGACACCACAGCCGUACUCUGUGUCAUAUAGCACAAAAACCUUGUUCACGACGUAUACGUACUUCACAACAUUCUUCACAGACGACUCUUCAUCUAUUGCAAGCUCCGAGCAAGUUAUUUCGAACACUGUUACCAUUCCAGUUACGCAGAAUCUGUACCCUACUAUAACGCCCUACUUGCCCGAGCCUAGAGAACCAAGCACAUACUUGGAGACAAGUGAACGCGUAGUGACGAGUACUUCGUACAAUACAUUCACAUUUUACGCCACAUUGUUCAAUGGCUCAAGCUCUGUAGUAACGCCUUUCGAAGAAGUUCAGUCACAAGUAUUCGUCAUCACUGAGUCUUUCACAAUAACGAGAACUGUGCAACCAACGCUGUCGAUUCAGCCGCUGUCCACUCCAAUUUUCUCUCGCCCCGAACCACAGCAGAGCUACCACUACCAAGAUCAAAAUCAGUUCUUGUCACAGCAUUACGCAAGUCAGCAGCCGCAACCCUACCAAGCCAACGACAUCCUCAAAUCACAGCAGCUUCAGCCAUCAACUGUUCUCAGCACUUUGUAUUCAACGCAGACAAACUUUAUCACAUUCUUCCAAGGAACAAGCACAAUCGUUACAUCUAUUGAAGAGGUUCUUUCAGACGUGGUCACCAUCACAAUUCCUCAUGGUCUCGCUACUCCUGUCCUGUCGUCUCUCUAUUCACCUUCUCCGACAACGACCUCGGUUCCAGAAUUCACCACAAGGACGUAUCUUACAACACAAACGCAGUAUGUGACAUUCUUCAGAGGAACCGAGACGAUACUGUCUUCGAUCGAAGAAAUUGGUACGACAGUUGUAACAGAGAGGGCUGGUUCCCGACCUUCUGUCUACUCAAGGCCCAUAUCUACACCAGCGCUUUAUUCCGUUGCACCAGCUAAAUCUAGCACGCCAUCUUAUGUGCUGCCAUCUCACACAGGCUCACCUGCAGAUUUGGUUCCUUCCGUGCGGACGUACUACACUACCUAUACUUAUUUCACGACAUUCUACACCGACUCAAGCUCUAUUAUUGCAAGCAGAGAAAACGUUGUUACGUCUCACGUCACUUUGUUCGUGCCGCGUGGGGCUGUCACAUCCUCAGUGAGAACGACGCCACCUACCAGGAUAACCACAGUUGCUACGCCUGCAACGACCUUGACAAGUUCCUCUUCAAGGCCCACAACGACAUCUACAUCACGUUACACACGGCCAACGCCAACUACGCCUCCGUAUGAUACAAAGCUGUACACAACCGGUACGACGUAUACCACAUACACAUUCUAUACUACACUGUUUGGUGGCCAAGACAAGAUUGUGAUUUCAAGCGAACAAGUUGUGCCACAGAUUGUGACAACAAGGAUAGGCUCGAAGCCAUCAACUACGUCAUCUCGCCUGAGACCUACACCUACUGUCUUGACGCAUAUGACCACCUACACGUAUUUCACCACUCUUGUUAGUGAUUCUGACACGAUCGUGUCGUCAUCAGAAGAAGUUAUAACGCAGCUUGUGUCCACCACUAUAUCACCAUCUUCGUCAACCAGCUUUGUUCCGGAAGUGAAUAUCAUUACUUCUUCCUUGUACAAGCCUAUCAAAGAAGAGAAAGUGGAACCGUCCAGAAAAACGUCAGCAAGUCAAACAAAGAGACCGCCUUUCGGAAGUGGUCUCAGACGUCCUUCCACUGGUAUCCCUCGUAAGUCUUCUGUUACGCUUUACGCGUCAUCUAGUUUUAUUCCUGCUUCUUCCCCGACGCUUACAACAGUGACACCAUCGUUUGCAAUUCUUGAGUCACCAUCAAUUGAAGAAGAAACCACGAGGUCAUCAAUGGGAGUCUCCACAACGGUUAUUGACGGCUCUACCGUGAUCUUCUUUACUGACAUUGCGGCCAGUCAGGAAGAAGAAGACGCGAAUUCAAUCGCUUCUGACUCCGCAUCUUCGCUGUUUACAUCUUCGAUGCUGUCUCCUGUGUUUGUACCGUCAUCCUCACUCUUCCCGGAAAUCCUUCAGAGUACUUUCUUUACGUCUACGUCAGUCGCCACCCCUGUCACAUCUACAACCGUUUUAGGAAAGCAGCACCAAAUAUGUCGGCCACGACAAUGAAACCACCACGUUGCCCCCAAGCAUUACAUUAUUUAUGGUAACUGG